AAACCAAUAGAUCUCAUUUCUCAUACAACAAAACACACAACACCAAACAUUCAACUUCACUACCUAUACUUUCAAAUCGAUCAAAACCAACCCCCAAAACAUACUUGCUUUCAUUCAAACUCACUCUAAAAAAUGGAAAAUAUGUUUAGACUCAUGGCAAGCGAAGAAUAUUUCUCAGACCGGCGAUGUGUUUGGGUCAACGGUCCGGUUAUCGUCGGAGCUGGUCCUUCCGGUUUAGCUACAGCGGCUUGUCUACGUGAUCAAGGAGUCCCAUUCGUUGUGGUCGAGAGAUCAGAUUGCAUAGCUUCACUUUGGCAAAAAAGAACCUACGACAGGCUUAAGCUUCACUUGCCCAAGAAAUUCUGCCAAUUACCGAAAAUGCCCUUCCCGGAUCACUACCCUGAAUACCCAACGAAACGACAGUUCGUCGAUUACCUUGAGUCAUACGCAAACCGGUUCGAGAUUAAACCGGAAUUCAAUAAAAGUGUCGAGUCUGCUCGGUUUGAUGAAACCAGCGGGCUAUGGCGUGUCAGAACAACUUCGGCAGGAGAAGAGAUGGAAUAUAUUUGCCGGUGGUUGGUGGUGGCGACGGGAGAAAACGCCGAACGUGUUGUCCCGGAGAUUAAUGGUCUUAAGACGGAGUUUAACGGAGAAGUAAUUCAUGCAUGUGAGUAUAAGUCCGGCGACAAAUUCAGAGGAAAGAGAGUUCUUGUAGUCGGAUGUGGAAACUCCGGCAUGGAAGUCUCUCUUGAUCUUGCUAAUCACAAUGCUAUCACUUCCAUGGUCGUUAGAAGCUCGGUUCAUGUUUUACCGAGAGAGAUUAUGGGGAUAUCAACAUUUGGAAUCUCAGUGAUGAUGAUGAAGUGGCUACCUCUAUGGCUCGUAGACAAGCUUCUGCUAAUCUUAUCGUGGCUUGUUCUAGGGAGCUUAUCAAAGUAUGGGCUUAAGAGGCCUGACAUCGGCCCAAUGGAGCUCAAAAGCAUGACAGGGAAGACGCCGGUUCUUGACAUCGGUGCUCUGGAGAAGAUAAAAUCCGGCGACGUAGAAAUUGUACCUGCAAUCAAAAGGUUCUCGCGUCACCAUGUGGAGCUAGUAGAUGGUCAGAAGCUAGAUAUCGAUGCAGUGGUUCUCGCCACCGGUUAUCGUAGCAACGUCCCUUCUUGGCUUCAAGAAAGUGAAUUCUUUUCGAAAAACGGGUUUCCGAAAUCGCCGUUUCCAAACGCGUGGAAAGGGAAAUCGGGAUUAUACGCGGCCGGAUUCACGAGAAAAGGAUUGGCUGGAGCAUCAGUAGACGCCGUUAACAUCGCUCAAGACAUUGGAAAUGUAUGGAGAGAAGAGACCAAACGACAGAAGAUGAGAAGAAAUGUGGGUCACCGAAGAUGCAUCUCAGUUGCUUAAGCCUCAAGUUAGGGGUUUUCAAUAGGAAAUAUAUUAAUAAAUCGAUUUAUUUGUA